AUGACUUCGUUGUAUCGCAUAUCUAGUACAUCGAUUCCCACACUUCCUACAAUAUCCAACUUGGUAUACGACCUACUCUCAAAAUUGACCCUGGAGGAAAAAGUCUCUCUCCUUUCUGGUUCAGAUGGCUGGCAUACGUAUUGGUGCCAUCAAGGUGAUUUCACUCCAAAACUACUCUACUCUUAUAUUCUUACUUACACACAGCAGACCACUGACGGACCAGCAGGUGCACGCGGCAGCAUCUCAGUAGACGGACCGAAAGCAGCACUUUUACCUGCCCCAGUACUACAAGCAGCAACAUGGUCUACCUCGGAUAUACAAGAACUCGGUCGAGUUUUAGGCCGUGAGACCCGUUCAAAGGCCGCCCAGGUUCUACUCGCACCGACAAUCUGUUGUCAUCGAAAUCCUCUGGGUGGCAGGAACUUUGAGUCGUUCUCCGAGGAUCCCUUUUUGAGUGGUAAGCUUGCGAUAAGCUAUGUCGCUGGUGUUCAAGAGAGUGGUGAGGUAGUUGCUACAAUAAAGCAUUUUGUUGCUAAUGAGCAAGAACAUCGUCGCUUUAGCAUUGACGCACAGAUCGGGGAACAGGCUCUCAGGGAGAUAUAUCUUCGUCCCUUUGAGAUGGUGAUUAAAUCAUCCACACCGCCAGGUUGUCUCAUGACCGCCUACAAUCUUGUCAAUGGCACUCAAAUGGAUAUGCACAAGCAUCUGCUCGCCAAAGUUCUUCGUGAACAAUGGCGGUUCCAAGGUCUUUGUAUGAGUGAUUGGGGUGGGACAAACUCAACUGUCGAAAGCUUGUUAGCUGGCUGCGACUUGGAAAUGCCUGGGCCAAGCUUGAGGAGAGGCCACAAACUCCUCGAAGCACUGCAGACAACAAAACGCGAAGAGCUUACCUCAGCGAUCAAUAUCUCUUCUGCUAGAGUGCUCACACUAGCAGAGAAGCUAGGCAAGCUAAAUCUAUCAGAGGCCGACGCUCAUGCUAGUAGACGUUUGCCCGGGACCUCGUCGACUGGCUCUAGAGAUAUCGCGACCAUGCGGAAGAUAGCUGCCAGAGGCAUGGUUCUGCUCAAGAAUGACAGCAACAGACUUCCACUUGAUCCUCGCCAACUGCAAAACAAGAGGAUAGCCUUCAUCGGGCCAAAUUCUCUGGUCGGCGCAGCGAACGGUGGUGGUAGUGCAGCUAUGAAUCCUGAGUAUCUUACUCAUCCCUUUGCGUCGUUCAAGACUGCGUUGGUUGAUAUGGGUAUAGAUGCCGAGUGGCAUUCAGAAGAUGAGAAGACUUCCAUGCUACGCAUCGACUUCUUUGCAUCUGCUGACUGUGUGGGUGAGAUCGUGGAGACACAAUAUCGAAACAACUCAAGCAUCGACCUGUUUGACUCUGGACCGGAAAGUCUCAGAGAUGGUGGACAGCCAUACUCAUUCCGCCUAACUUCGUUCUUGACACCAACGGCAAGCGGCGACCACACCUUCAGUAUUUCGAGCGUUGGCGAUAGUCGUUUAUUCCUAGAUGAUAAGCUUGUCGUUGACAACACCGAUUGGAGCGGCAACGGAGAGACCUUCUACUCCUUCGGGAGUCCCGAGAUACGCUCCAGCAUACCGAUGUCCACCGGCCGCAGCUAUAAAGUCGUAAUGGAAGCACAGUCAAAGACCAACAGUGCGGUAAAGACAAACUCGCAGGACGUCGAACCCAUGCACGUCUACGGCGCACAGCCAUCCACCAGACUCGGUUUCUUAGAGGAAGACACGACCACAAUUGCAGAUGCCGUGUCACUAGCCAAUGAAAGUGACAUCUCCAUCGUAGUCAUCGGGCUCAACGAAGAGUGGGAAAGCGAAGGCUACGAUCGUCAUUUUAUGGCCCUUCCAGGCGAUCAGGAUGCACUCGUUCAAGCAUUACUGACCUCAACAUGCCAUCCCGACCGCAUCAUCAUAGUAAAUCAAUCAGGUUCGCCUGUGGAAAUGCCACGGGCAGACCAUACACACACGAUCUUGCAAUCCUGGUACGGCGGUCAAGAAGCGGGCAAUGCACGUGCAGAUGUGCUUCUCGGCACCACAGCACCGAAUGGGCGUCUACCAAUGACAUGGCCAAAGAAGUACUCUGACACACCAUUCGCCGCUGAUGCAGAAUGCUGGCCUGGCGUCGAUAACAAAGUCGUCUACAAGGAAAACAGCCAAGUAGGAUAUAGAUGGCAUUUGACUGCUGGAGUGGCGCCGCAGUGGUGGUUCGGAUACGGCUUGAGCUAUACUGUGUUCGAUACCAUGAUAUCGGGUGUCCGGGCAGAUGACGAUAGCUGGACUGUUCGUGUUUGCGUCCAAAAUAUAGGCGAUGUCGCCGGUGAAGAGGUCGUACAGGUAUAUGUGUGGCCAUCUCAGCAACACGCAGCGCGUCGCCUCGUCGCGUUUGGCCGAACAGAUCUUCUGCAGCCGCAGUACAAUGCAGUCGUUGAGCUGAAAGUCAACUUACGCGACGUCGCAGAGUGGUCGAAUCGAAAGUGGAUGUUGCAGAAAGGCCGGUAUACGAUUGGCGUCGGAAAACAUGCUGGAAACGAUGAAAUGGUUAUUGAGUCUGUCGAGGUACCAAACACUCUAUCUUGGGAUCCUUAG